GCCCGGAAGAUGGCGGCGGUGGCGGCGGCGUCCGCAGGGGUUGGUGGGGUUCUCUGAGGGGAGCGGAGCUGCGGGGUCCGAUGACGUGGGCAGCCGCGCCGCGGAGGCUCGCCGGAGACGCUGAGAACCUUGAGCCCCUCGUUCAGCGCCGAGACUCGGGUCGGGAGCGGAGGACAUGAAGAAGCGCGGGGGGCUCGACGGGGGUGCCGAGCGGCGAGGGGGCGGCCCGCUGCCCUUCGGAGCCCGGCGCCCGCUCGGGCUUGUCUUCGUCCUCCUGCUGUCGCUUCUCUUGGGGAGCGGCGGGGCGGCUCCGCUUCCGCGAGCAGGUGCAGGAGAAGGAGCUACAGCUGAAAUUUCCUCAUCUUUUGUGAUUCUGUCUAUAUGUACUCUGGUAGUACUGGUAAUACUGCUUGCAAACUGUGUCUCCUGCUGUAAAGACCCUGAAAUAGAUUUCAAGGAAUUUGAAGAUAACUUUGAUGAUGAAAUAGAUUUUACACCUCCAGCAGAAGAUACUCCAUCUGUUCAGUCUCCAGCAGAAGUGUUUACUCUUUCAGUUCCCAAUAUUGCUUUACCAACUCCCUCCCAGUUUCCAUCUCGUACAGAUGGAUCAAAGUCUCAAGUUGCACGUCAGAGUCUAAACUACAUCCAGGAAAUUGGAAAUGGCUGGUUUGGAAAGGUUCUGCUUGGAGAGAUCUACACAGGCAGUAGUGUAGCAAGGGUAAUAGUGAAGGAGUUGAAGGCAAGUGCAGGUCCCAAGGAACAAGAACAGUUUUUAAGAAGUGGAGAACCAUAUUACAUUCUUCAGCAUCCAAAUGUUCUCCAGUGCAUUGGGCAAUGUGUGGAAGCCAUCCCUUAUCUCCUAGUUUUUGAGUUCUGUGACUUGGGUGACCUAAAAACUUAUAUCUGCACUGAACAGGAACACAUUAAAGGAGAUUCACAAAUAAUGCUGCUACAGAGAAUGGCAUGCGAGAUUGCCGCUGGACUUGCUGUAAUGCAUAAACACAAUUUUGUGCAUAGUGACUUGGCCUUACGGAAUUGCUUUCUUACAUCCGAUUUAAAUGUUAAAGUAGGAGAUUAUGGUAUAGGAUUCAGUAGAUAUAAGGAAGAUUAUAUUGAGACAGAUGAGAAGAAACUUGUUCCCCUCCGAUGGACUGCACCUGAGUUAAUAACAAGUUUUCAAGACAGACUGAUAUCAGCAGAGCAAAAUAAAUACAGUAACAUAUGGUCCCUGGGUGUCACGUUAUGGGAGCUGUUUGAGAAUGCUGCUCAGCCUUACUCAGACUUUUCUGACAGGGAAGUCCUAACCCAUGUCAUAAGGGAGAAGCAGGUUAAACUCUUCAAGCCACGCCUGGAGCAGCCAUACUCUGACAGAUGGUAUGAAGUUCUGCAGUUCUGUUGGCUACUUCCAGAAAAGAGACCAACAGCAGAAGAAGUGCACAGGCUGUUGACUUACCUUCGCAUGCAAAGCCAGAGGGACUCGGAGAUUGAUUUCGAACAGCAGUGGAACGCUCUUAAACCAAACACCUCAAAUAGAGAAACAAAUAAUUCUGCAUUUCCAAUCUUAGAUCACUUCACAGGAGAUAGACUUGGCCAUGAGAUGGAGGAAGUUCUUACUGUAACCGAAACAAGCCAGGGUCUCAGCUUUGAAUACAUCUGGGAGGCAGCUAAGCAUGAUCAUUUUGAUGAAUGUGGUCAUGUGAAUCCUGAUGAAGCAAUGACAUACACAAGUAUUUUCUUUCCGGUGGAGGUUUUUGAGAGGUCACUUUCAGAGCAAGGGUCGGGAGCACAGGAUGGAAGCGGUCAGGAAGCAUCACUUGCUGUCCCUGGGGUGCUGCCUGUGUUUGAUGCACACAAGCUUUCUGUUGGAAAUGACUACUAUAUCCAAUUAGAAGAAAAAGGAAGUGGCUGCAGCAUGAAUUUUGAUAACCAAUCAGUUGUACUAACUACGGAAGUUGAUCAUCAAGAAGCUGUACAAGAAAAAAGUUCUCAUUUCACGGUUCUCAGGGAUCUUGAUGUUGAAGAAUCUAGCACUGACGGGGACUUCUUCCACUACAAUACAGAUCCUAAAGAGGAAUUUCUGCCUGCUGCUAGUAGUCCAGAAAGUCCUUUCCAGAAUAUCUUUAAUGACAUUGACAGAGCAGAACAACUGACAAACAGAAAAAUACUUGGUUUUGCUGAAACAAAUGAUACUCCUAAAGACUUCAAACCAGUUGUGUUAAACUCGAACACGGAUGCUAGACAGGCAGUGGGCCUUUCUGAGAAGGAGCAUUCUAAUGCUUCUGAAAACGAAACAGUUUCAUUAUGUGAAAAUAUCUCUAACCAGUCUGACUUGGUAACUUUAGAAGAACUUUCUGAUAACUUCUUAUUUCUUCAAGAGAAAAACUUAUUAACAGGGUUAUUGUCUAACAAAACCAGCAGUGAUUUUGGGCAAAAACCAGAAGAUGUUCUAAAAAGUAUAUUAGAAACCUCAAAUAGAAACUCUGUAGAGCCUGAGCCUGUGUUGGCUGAAAAUGCACAGGUCUUUUCUUUAAUCCAUGAAAAUCUCAGAACAGUGAAAGAUGAAAAUUUUAACCCAGUGACAAUGAAUAAAGAUCUGAAUUCUCAGUCUCAGACUACUGUAGAGAUGCAGGCAUCCUCUAGUCCUUCAGCAGCACAUAACUUAUGUCAUAAACGUGCAAAUCUUCCUUAUUUGAAGGAUGAGGGAAAACUUUUAAAUGUGGAAGUCAACGAAGUCAUGUCCUGUAAUACUGAUAUUCUCUGUCAGGAAGAGCUAUCCAAUAAUGCCAAAAAUAAUAAUGUUGGAAACAAUCCAUAUUACAGUGUUGCUGUUGAAACAGAUGAGUGUGAUGCACAAAUAAAACAGGGAAUGCUUUUCAAGUCUGAUGAAAUAGCUUUUGGUAGAGAAAAAUGUAGUGAUCAGGAAGAUAAGAAAAGAAACUUGCAAGAUAAGUCUCCCAUAUUAAAAGUUGAAUGUUUAUUGGAGGAAAAACAAGAAACAUCAAAUCAUUUUGAGAACAGUAAGGAUGUUCCAGAAGAGGUGACCUUAAUUUCAGAUUGUACUAGUCAGGAUAGUCUUCUGGAAGACAGCUCAUCUCCUAUACAAACUGUAGAGCAAGCCUUAGAGACACCUGAUUCUUUGGAUUCUUUAGAUGUAAAUGAGGUUUUAGAAUCUUUACAGGCUCAAAGUCCUCAGAAACUUUUGCCACCUGAUAAACCUGCUGACAGUGGCUAUGAAACGGAGAACCUGGAAUCUCCAGAAUGGACUUCCCAUGUUGCUGUUGAGGAUGCUUCUAGUGUAGAUACAGCUCUCUGCGCUGCCAGCGAGAGCAACGCCAGUGCUUUACCUUCUAAUCCAGUCAUAAUUGUUUCAGAAGCAGCACCUGGUUUAGAUGCAGUGAACAGCAAUUUUGAAAUAACCCCAAAGGUUUUUCUUGGUGGAAAUCAGAAUUCGUAUAGAGACUCUGCCUAUUUCUCUGAUAAUGAUUCUGAGCCAGAUAAAAAACCAGAAGAGGCCACAAAUCUGUCAAGAGAGACUGUGUGUGGUGUUUCUUCAAGUAGAGGAGAGAACAAUACUGAAGAGGAUUACAGUUUUGAAGAGAGACAGCAAAGGUGUGACGUAAGGAAUUACCAGGAUAUCAACAAUGAAAAUGCCAAACUAGAACUAAAUCACAACUUGGAGAUGCAAGAGAUGGAUGUGAGGAUGCAGGGGUGUCCUGAUGGGUGGGCUGAGGCACCUCUGAGUUCCCUGGAAAUAUCAGUGGAAAGUAACCUAAGGGAUGAAGUAAAAGUAUCUGAGACUUCCCAUAAAACAGUCUCUUGUGUUGGCACUAAUACUUCAGAACUUCUUUCACACAGAGACUUAAAGUCUGUGCAUAACGUACACAGUCCUUUAGAUUUGAGUAACAGUGAGAAGUCCUUCUAUCACAUUGAAGGACAAAAACUGAAAGAGCCAGAUAUUGAAGGAAAAUACCUUGGCAAACUUGAUGUUUCUGGAAUGCUUGAUUUAGAAGAUGGUGAUGAUGCGGAUGAGGAAGAUGAAAACAGUGAUUCUGAGGAUGACAUGAGGACUUUUCAUAUGCAUAGUCUGAGUUCUGACAGUGAAGAUGAAACUGUUCAUCAAGUACCUGAGAUACUUACUGACAAGGAUGAUGGAAAACAUCUGAGAAGCUUGUUGAAACUUCCAAAACCCCUUAAUGAAAGGCAACAUGAGCAUUGGAAAAAUGAGAAAAAGGCUGUAACGUUCUUUGAUGAUGUGACGGUCUAUUUGUUUGAUCAGGAAACGCCGACUAAGGAGCUGGGACACCGUGCAGCAGACUUGAACAGCGAAGGCUCUCGCAGCACUCCUGUUCCAUCUUCGAGUUUUGGUUACUUAAACAGAUUUGCAAAUUCAGAAAGCUCAACAGAUGAAGAAGGUGGGGGUUUUGAAUGGGAUGAUGACUUCUCUUCUCCAGAGCCAUCCUUUAUUUCAAAGGCAGCUAAUAGUCUUAUCAGUUCUAAAUCACCUCUUCAGUCAUCAAAGUACUUCUCUCCACCUCCACCUUCCCGGACUCUCGAUCAGAACUGGUCACAUUCAUCCCCUUAUUCCAGAUUCUCUAUCUCUCCUGCAAACAUGGCAAGCUUUUCUCUGACGCAUCUUACAGAUUCCGAUAUAGAGCAAGGAGGAAGCAGUGAAGAUGGAGAAAAAGAUUAAAUAAAUUAAAACUUCCUCGGACUGCAUACCUAAAACACACAGACUGUCUGCAACUUCUUUAUCUAAACUCUGGAUCCUCCUGGAGUAACACAGGUAAUCAAGAAGUACUAAGAAAUGAAAGUAAACACUGAAAGCAAUGUUAAAUCAGGACAUUAAUUUGAAUGUGUAUUUAACUUUGUAAUGUAUUUUUAAAUCAGUGCAAUUUUGCUUUUCAUUGAAAGAUGAUUCUGCCGCUGUUUUCAAGUACUUGAAGUAUUUUUCAGAUAACUUAAGAAACAAGUAAAGCAAUUACACUACAGUCUGGUUUAUGUAUGAGAUUGUAUAAUAUUCUUUUUAUAUUUUUCCAUGUAGUUCAUUAUCUAUUUGAACAUACACCUGUUGUAGAAUUGUGUAUAACUGUCCUGUGCAACAGGUGGCUGUGUUGCUGAAACUGUAUGAAUGAUAGUUGAGCAGUAGUGAGCCAUAUUUAUUCAAAAAGAUAUCACUACAUAUUACUUUGCUUAUUACAAUUGCACUAUGGAUUAUUCUUCCUUUAUUUCCUGAUGAUGUACAGAAUCAAAAUCUGAAAUCUUUCAAGGAAAAUAAGACAAGUUGAAUUGGCCCAAUUACCCAGUUUAAUUUGUCCUUUUUUUGUAGCCUUUGCUAUGCACGGUACUUGUAAAACGUACAUAACUUCUGAGUGUUACGUUAGACUUGCUGAAAUCUUCUAUUCAGUACCAUUUCUAAAUGAUAAUGAUUAUAGAUUGAUUGUUAGUGUUCAUGUUUUAUAGGAAACUGGAAAAGAAUAUAUGAUAUACUCUGGAAUUUUUAGAUGAAAAAGAUAAUGUCUCUUAAUUCCUGAAUAUAAUCCUACUGACUGCUUAAACUGUAAUAGCAUCUGACUAUAUCAUGAUUAAGGGCCUUCCACUUUUUACUACAAUUUCUGCCUUGGAGAGAGAAGAGAAAAAAUUGGCUGUACAAAACUGUGGAAUUUAUGAAUCUUAGAAAAAGACUAAUUUCAGUCGACUGGAUUUGGGCGCGCUUGGCCCUUCAGUUGUACAUUCUGUGAAUUUUGAAGCUCACUCUUCUGCUGACUGCAGGUUGGAGCUGCCAUUCAGGCCUGUGGUAAAUCUACCUCUCAGUGAUGUUAUGACAAUUAAGAAUUAGAUUAAUGGUUAACGCCCAAUUUUGCACCCUUUAAAAGGCCAGACCUAUUUUAAGAUGUCUGCAAGGCUCAGUGGUACAUCUUGAAAUGCAUACUGACCCAAAGAUGCAGUAUAGUACAGUUUGCUCUGAAGCUGUCUGUAGGGAAGGGAGUACAAUGUGGAGUUUUUUAACCUUCAUACUCUACCAUGCAUUUAGCUAGUUUAGUCCUUUGAACUGCUUGGAAAAAACAAGAAAUCCUUAUUUACUACUCGAAAGUUGAGAAACAAAUCCCUGACCUCUUGGAAUGCCUUAUGCAGCUGUGGAUCUGUAGGAGACACUGAUAAGAACGGUUUGCCUGGCUUUGUAGUUUGUAUUUUAGUACAGUAAAAUACAAACGUACUGAAAUACGAAGUGCUUUGUGUAUUAGUGGCUAUUUUGGCGGGUCUUCAGUAUAAUGGUGGUCCAGGUGCUCUGUGUUCAGAUCCAGUCACCAGAGAAUUUUCAUCAUGUGAUGUAUGGGAGGACUAGAUAGUUUCAGAUGUGUAAAGUUUGGUUUUGUAUACCUCUAUAUGUAUUUUGAUUUUUUUAAGUAUGUUUUAAAAUGACAGAAAUAUGUUAAUUGCUUUUUUCCAAUAUUAUUUAGCCCUUAACCAGAAUGGUUUCCAUACCGAUCAAAAGGGAAUGAUUUAGUUAUAAAGUUAUUUAAAGUUGCCAAUGUGUUUUUGAGAACUAUCUGAAGGGAUACUCAGGUUCGAAGUUAGUCAGAACUGUUCUUCAGUAUGAAGUAAGGAACUGAAUUUUUCAUGGUCUUUUCCCAAAACAUGCUUUAAGAGGCAAAGCCAAGUAGUUCUUAAUACAGGCUUACAGUAUAUACUGUAGAGGGUUUAAGGAAGCUGUGCGCUACUCAAUGUUUAAAAAUAUAGGUAGACUUCGUGCACAAAUUAUUGCUUAGAAAUUCCAUAAUUCCAACACAACUCCUUAAUACAGCUAGAUUAAGGUAUCUCAUCUGUCUUCUAUAAUUCUUAGCAUACUUUGUGUGGAAAAUCAAAACUAAGAAUGAAACUCCAUAAUGGUCUGCAAAGAAUGUGUGGGCUUAUCUCCCUUGUGUCGUGAAACAUCUACUGUAUCAGACCUGGAGUUCAGCCUUAAUUUUGAAUCAUUUGAUUUAAAAUAUAGUCCAAGGUUAAAUAAAAGCUUGUACUCCAGAAUGUUACAAUUUGGUUGUGCAUUUUGUUUCUUAAAAUUCUGGAAAAUCAGGUGUUUAUCUUGCACAUCAGGAAUUUCCUUUGCUUGAUUGAAAUCUAAGAUUUUUAUUCUUUACCCUGGGUUUAAAGAAGAUCUUUCAUAGGAAGUGAAAGUUUACUCCUUCGUCCAAGUGGACUCGUUGCUCACAAAUUGCCAAAGGAGCAUUUUUUUCCAAAACGAGCUGGGAUGUGUGUGGUACUAAGCAAGGCAAUGUCCUCUUCAGCUGUACGAUGACAAGAAAGAAAUAUUUAAAGUUGACUCACCUCACUUAAAUGAUAAUUUUUAAUUUCAGUAAUCCAGUAGGCUGGAUUGCAAUAAUAUAAAAGAUCUUUUCUGGAAAAAUUUAUAGUUUAAAAUCUGAUCAACUACUAGCAAUAUUUAAAUGUAUCUGCCUAGCAGUCAGUGGCACAAUGAAGAUGAAUCAGUAAUUCCAACAUGUUACAUUAUAAUAAGGGGAUUUGUUACAAAUCAUUCAUUAAACUAUAUGUAAUUUCUUGCACUAGCUACUUAAGCAUGGUUUCCGUUUUAGAAGUACAUGUAUCUAUUUUCAAUGGUUUAUUAUGAGGACUGGUUACAUUUUAAUUCCUUCUCUAGUAGAAUACCUUGAUUACUUGAACAAUGAAGGCAUUGUCUCAAUUUGGCUACUAAUGUUAUUUAAAAGAUCUGAUUUUUCCCACCUAAGGAAGUCUGUUUAGAACCAAGGAUCUGUAGCGGGAAGCCAACAGAGCGAGAAGAGUGUCUGGUUUUAAUGGAAACACCUGUACUCUCCCACAUCCCCAAGCCGCAGAUAAGUUGCGUGUAUAACUGCAUUUAUGGAAACUGCCAUUUUCAUGGAAAUGAGCGGAUUAAACAUUUUUUCAUAUCCUUGUUGAUGCACUAAUGAAAGCCAUUUAAGCCUCAUUCUUUUUAUCAGUAUUUUUAGCAGAUUUUUAUGUAGUAAUCAAUCUUUUUCAUGAGGAGGCUGGUUGGUAGGAAGACCUUUUUUUUUUUUUUAAUAAUUAAGCACUACGCUAAAAUGUCAGCAUUGUCAGGUGUUAGUGACAUGGCUAUUUUUGUUGGAGUUGGUGAAGGGUGGAAUCCAAGUAUAUUAGCCUUAUAAGAAAUAGCCUUAAAUAAGAAUGGAGUAUACAAAAUUACUUCAGCUUUAAGUCAUACAGAAAUAUCCCUGUAUGUUAAUGGUUUUGGUACAAGACUGGAAGAAAUCUAGAGGAGAGUCAAACAUCAUAUAAACUUAUUGAAAAUAAGUAUUUGUAAUACCAGCAGCCUGUUUUUCAGAAACUUGAAUAAGACUUACAGUUAGUUUUGUUUAUGAAAUUGUUUGAACUUGCACAGAUGUAGGUGUAACUUAAAUGAUAAAUGGUACUGAUGUGUGUGUAUAUAUAAUGUUUAAUUCUAUUUGUAAAUGAGAAACUAUGUAACAAAAUCAUAGGUAUGAGGUUUUCCUAUUGUAAUUUAAUACAGGUAUGAGGUUUAUGGCAAUAUAUCAUAGUUAAUAAAUUUCAGGUCGAAAUGUCUUUAAAUUGUGUACAUUUUUAAAUUGUAAUUUCUACUGUAUAUUGAUUAUCAUGCAUAGUGUGAUUCAAGAAACUGCUUGUAAUUUAAAAAUAUUUAAUAUUAAAAAUAAA